AUGACGGACACGCGAAAACAAUCACUCUUCCACCGCUGGCGGCAAAAUGACAGCAUGCCCGGGUUGGAGGGCAUUUCCGAGGAGGAACUGUCCGAGUAUCGGGAAGCAUUUCGGCUUUUUGACAAGGAUGGCAACGGGUCGAUCUCGUCAAAAGAACUGGGUGUGGCUAUGCGCUCCCUGGGCCAGAAUCCCACCGAGCAGGAGCUGCUCGACAUGGUCAACGAGGUCGACAUUGACGGGUCGGGCACGAUUGAUUUUCCCGAAUUCUGCCAAAUGAUGAAGCGGAUGAGCAAAGAGAACGACUCGGAGAUGAUCAGGGAGGCAUUCCGAGUGUUCGACCGCGACGGUAAUGGGUACAUCACGGCCGACGAGUUCCGCUACUUUAUGACCCACAUGGGGGAGCAGUUCUCGGACCAGGAGGUUGAUGAGAUUAUCGCCGAGGUUGAUAUUGAUGGUGACGGGCAGAUUGACUACGAAGAAUUCGUGAAGAUGAUGACGAUGCCU